AUGACCGCCGUUACCGCGUCGGUGCUGGUGACCAAACAUCCUGCCGUCAUCGCUACUGCCGGAAUAUACGCGGAUUUCAUGGAAGCCUACAAGGCCCAUACUAUUAGCAAGGACAUUUUCAAGCUGAUUGAUAAAUACGCUAGCCUGUGCGACAGUUACUUAGCCAAAGUGAGAGAAGUGACCGAGAGCAUGAUAUCUAGCAAGGACGAGCCGGUGUGGAUGGAAGCCAUGGCGUGCCAAACAUUGCUCACCGAAGAGCGAAACACUUGGAAGCUCACUGGUGCCCUCCUGCGUGACCGUCUCAAGGCUGACCAGUUCAUUGGAGAAAGUGGUGACAACACCAUCUUUUUUCCCGGAUCUCGUGAAGUUAGCGACAAGGAAAUCGUGGAGGCCCUCAUAGCGAGAGACUCGUUCACACGCCAGGCCAUACUCGUCGUCGACUGGUUGGAAAGCUGCGCGACGCAUCAGCAUGGCAUGGGCAAUGACGACGACAAGCUCGAGUACUUUGCUGAUGCAGGCUGCGCCUGGAAAAACACGCUGCACCAUGUGCAGUCCCAUGCCGACAUCGGUAGUGCACUGUCGUCUUACGUGACUGAACUAGACCCGGACGCGCCCUCGAGGGAGCGGCUACCGAUACACGAGCUCGACCGUGACAACGAAUUCCGCCUCUUCCGCAGUAUAUUCUUCCACCUGCGAGCCGGCCAACUGCAGCGGGCUCAAGAGCUGGCUGCCGACAAUGGUCAUUUUUGGCUAGCCGCCGCGCUCGAAGGAUGGAGGCCCUACCACGACCCGAACAACGGCAGCAUCUUGGGCGCCAAGACUAUGCAACCCGCUGAAGGCAACCUCUACCGGGACCUCUGGAAGCGCGCUUGCUGGGAAGCGGCGUCGAAUCCGACGUGUUCGCGGUACGAGCGCGCCGUGUACGGUUCUCUGUGUGGCAACGUACAAGCAAUGCUGCCCGCGUGUACCACAUGGGAGGAUCAGCUGUGGGCUCGCAUGCGCGCUGUGGUCGAUGUGUGCGUGGAGCAGGGCCUCCGCACUGCUACACAGCAGGCUAGACGCCUCGAACCACUGCCACCGGGAUACCCCAGUGACCGUGGAACCUUUGAGGCCGUUUUCCGUGAACUGCAGGUGGCUGUGGGCGCGAGGGAGACGCGAGACCAGAAGAUAAUGCACAUCCUGCAGCGAGGUGUGGUGAUGGACGAUGCUGUUUCAAUGGUCGAAGAGAUACACGACUGGGCAACCGCUCAGGCGAACGAACCGCCGCUUCUAACCAUGCGAUUUCUUGCUCACAUGGUACUUUUGCUACGACAAAUUAGGCGCUUGACCAGCACUGACGCGUGUAGCGCUCUUCUUUGCACCUACAUAGACAUGCUAAUCAACGAGGGCCAUGCCCGCUUGGUUGCCACGUACGCAGCCACUCUACCGGCCACCGACCAAGUCGCCAAGUACUCGCAGCUUGCACAGCCUCAAAACUAG